AUGAAGCGGGGGCCGCGCUCGCCUAUGAAGCCCGCGCCAGCCAAUCAGCGCCGCGCGCCGCCCAGCCUCCGGCCCCCAUUGGCUGUGCCCCUCGGGCCGCCGACUCGGGACCAGCCCGGCCGCCCCCUCCCCGCGCCCUCCCCGCGGCCCCCAAAGCCAGCGCCCCCCCCCGCCCGCGCCCCCUCUGCUCACCGGUGGCCCAGCGGGGAGCGACCCCGACCGCUGCCUCCCCAGCUCGGGCGCCGGCUGUCCAGGGGCUGGGGCCAGGGGGCAGCCGACGAGGGGCAGGAGCGGCGGGGCGCCCGCGGGCACCGGGCCGGGCGGGGAAUCGCUGCCGCCGGGGACUGCAGGGCGGGCGAGGGGGCCCGGAGGCUCGGGGGGUGGGGGCUCCCCUUCCCGGGCGUGGCCUGCGCUGCCCAGCGGCCGAACUGCCCGGGGCGAGGCCGCGGAGACCCGGCCUGGCGCCGACGCCGGCUGCGGGAGACGCCCGGAGGAAAGCCCUCGGUCCCCUCGGCUCGGGGGGCUACCGGCCGGGCCCGGCUCCGCGGUGCGCUCCGGCCCCCCGCUCCCGACCGGCUCUGGGCAGCGCCGGGUGGCGCUGGCUCCUGUGGUCUCGGCGCCCGGCUGUCCGAGGCCGGGGCUCCGGGAGGUCGCCGCCUAACUUCGAGCGGUAAGCGAGUCCCCGGGGUCCCACGAAGCUGCCCAGAAACACCGUGCCCGCGACCCUCCGGAGUCCGGCCAGGCUGUCCAGCUCCAGCUAGAACUCCGGCCGGAGAGCCCAGGCAGCCGGCCCCCUGGCUGCCCGCGGGAUGGCAGCGCCAGAGCCCAGCGGAAGCUUCGUGCAAGACUGUGAUCUGCGCCCCAGCUGCGGGGCGGUGGCCGCCCGAAGACCCCUGGACGCAGAUUAUCGGAGCCCUUUCAGAGCGCGCACAACAAAUGCGCCCGCCAUCGAAUGCAUCAUUUACCACCGCAGAUCCGCGCACUGAUGGGCAGCCGAUAGCCGGCCGCGGGGGCCACGCUGGGCCCGGGAGCCUGCGCCGCCCGCCCGCCCGCCUGGACUCCCCGCAUGCACCCCCGGGUGCGCCCCGCGUGUCUGGACGGGCCCGCAUGCGCCCCCGGGGACUGCCUCCGAGCAGGCCAGGGUGUGUGCUCGGGCGGUGCCCGUGAGCCCCGGCACCUGCGUUCUGGGCGCGCGUGCGGGAACACCUGGGCGGCGGGAGGCUGCGGGGGAGAGCGGGCAGUGUGUCAUCCGCGGCGGGGAGCAGCGGGCGUGCAAGCCCUGUGCAUCCUCGACGUGUGCGCCCUGGACGGAGCGGUGGCGGGGCGCACCGCGGGCGGAGGUCACGGCCACGGGGGGUGGUCGGUCACCUUGGCGCCGCGUGUGAGCCUGCGGGUCCCAGCUGGCUCCUGGGUGUUUGCGGGCGGGGGUCGUGCAAGUCCGUGCAGCCGAGCUCACGAGUGGCCGCCUGGAGAGUGGGGGGCCCCGGGCUGGGACCUGCGGGGGCGCCUGUCCACAGCGCCCAGGGGCCUGUGUGCGGGCCAGCGGGUGUGGACGUGUGGACUCACUUCUGAGCGCCCCGGAGAAAGCCUCUCCAGCUGGAGGGCGUGUUGUG